GCAGAGGACAAGUGAGAGGACUAAGAACAGGUGUGAAAUUGACGGGAAAGAAAGAUGAAGACUCUUCUUCUCCUCCACCUCUCGCUGAUCCUUGCGAUAUCAGGUGGAGAACACGCCCACAACUCCGAAUCGCAGCAUUCAGCUGAAGCUCAAAUGGACUUUGCUUUGAAGAUUUAUCAAAGCAUUGCUCCGCUAUCAGAAAUAUGCCCGGCAAACCUGUUCAUUUCACCAGUCAGCAUCUACACAACCCUCUCCAUGCUGGCCCUCGGAGCCCGAUCAACAACUCGCCAGGAGAUUCUCCAAGGCAUGGGUCCCAAUGACACCGAGACGGACGAGGAGCUGCAUGAAGGCCAUAAAAAGCUCCUUCAAGUGCUAAGUCAUCAAAGCAAAGACGUGAAAUUCGGCCUCGGCAAUGAGAUCUUCGUAGACCAGUCGGCAAAGAUUUUACCAGAAUACCGACAUAAGGUGGCUCAUUACUACAACGCCUCCAUUCAGACCGUCCGCUUCAGAGACCCUCAGACAGCCGAGAAAACGAUCAAUAUGCUUGUGAGCGACAAAACCGGCCAAAGGAUACAGAAUGUGGCCGGUAAUUCCAAAACAUCGAUGGUUCUUCUAGAUUACGCCGUCUUUGAAGCAAAAUGGAAAUCAGAAUUCAAGAAAAAACAUACAGAGAUGAGACCCUUUAUGCGCGGGCCGACGCCGGUCUCAGUGCCAAUGAUGUACCGGGCGGGAGUGUAUAAGACGUACAGGGACACGGAGAUGAAUGCCGAUGUGGUGAAAAUUCCAUACGCCGGUAACACGGAUCUUCUCAUCAUCGUCCCGCAACUGGGUGAUCUACGCCGCGUGGAGCAGGAACUGACCCCCCGGAGGGUAAAAAAAUAUUUGCACUCAGUGAAAAGCAGUGUUGUGGAACUCUACAUACCGAAGAUUUCCUUCAGCUCGGCGGUCAGCUUGGAGCGCGCGUUGCUACACAUGGACAUGGCAAUUAUAUUCGAUAAGAAGAAAGCCGACUUCUCCAAGAUCUCAGAGACACAAAAGCUGUCGGUUUCCUCGAUUUUCCACCGUUCUUCUACCCGCCUGGAAGAGGGAGGGGCCGAGGAGUCGGCGGCGACUUCCACCAAAGUAAGGUUGGCGAUAUCAAGCCCCCGAUUCUCAGUGGAGCGCCCGUUCCUCAUGCUGAUCUACCACAAACCGACCCACGCCGUUCUCGGGAUCGGCCGAUACUCCGAUCCGCUGGAUCCAGGGAAUGAGAAGGCAGAAAAGUGA